UAUUUCCACGCCCACAAAAAAGGCGUCACCCCCUCCAAUUACCUUCCCCAGUUCUCAAACCACGCCCCGAAAAGUGUCUGGGACGCUCAAUCUCCGCCCAUGAUUGUGUCACUCUUGUAGCCGCCCACUUUGAUGUCACCGUGUUCUUAAAAAAAGACCAAAACAAUCUGCAUUACAAAAAAUCUCCAAUUUGUAACAGAGCUAUAGAAGGGCUGCUGGUCUUUUUUUUUUUUUUUUUUUUUUUUUUAAAUAAACCUUUAGAUCGAGUAAACAAAGAUCUAAACAGAAAUGGUUUCCCCAGUCACCGUGGUGAAGUGCGAAGGCCCCAAACUGGUGCCUUUCUUCAAGGCCACAUGCGUCUACUUUGUCCUCUGGCUGCCCACCUCCAGCCCCUCGUGGUUCAGCGCCCUCAUCAAGUGUCUGCCCAUCUUCUGCCUGUGGGUCUUUCUCCUCGCCCAUGGGAUCACCUUCCUGGGUGCCCACUCUAGUGCCCGCAAAAUCCUGGCCGGACUCAUCUUCUCUUCACUGGGAGAUGCCUUCCUGAUCUGGCAGGAGCAAGGCUACUUCGUUCAUGGCCUGUUAAUGUUCGCUAUCAGCCACGUCCUGUACUCCUCUGCCUUCGGUAUGAAGCCCUUGGACCUGCGUGCCGGUCUAUCUGUCGGAGUGUUGUCGGGGCUGAGCUAUGCUCUGCUCUACUCCUAUUUGUCCGGGCCCUUCACCUACCUGGUGGCGGUCUACAUCGCGCUGAUUGGCUUCAUGGGCUGGCGGGCCCUGGCGGGUGUGCAGCUCUAUGAUGACCUGUGGACCUGGACCAAGCUGUCGGCCUGCCUGGGGGCCAUGCUGUUUAUGGUGUCUGACCUCACCAUCGCAGUCAACAAGUUCUGCUUUCCUGUGCCGCAUUCCCGGGCCAUCAUCAUGGCCACUUACUAUGCAGCACAGAUGCUCAUUGCCCUGUCCGCUGUGGAGCGCCAGGACGAAGACAACCCCAAAAAGACAGCCUGAAUCCGCCAGCAAUGACAGUUUCAGCAUCAGGGAACAGGCUAGUCGCCCAAUCUAUGGAUGUACAGAUAUAGCACUACGACAAAUACUACUGCUAUUAUUAUUAGUUACCCGAAUCGCUCAGCUUCUUAUUAUGAUCGAUAAGGACCAUUUGUUAUUUUGCGUCCUCAAAAAAAAAAAAAAAAAGGGUCAACAUUCAAUUCAUAGACCAUUAAACAUUUUUCAGGUGCUUUGAAUGAAUUGGAUGCUGCAGACCCUUCUAUGCUACCUUUGCCCCGCUACUUCGAAAAAGGGUAAGGGAGUAGUUUUUAGCCGUUUUCAUGCCCCCUUGAAUUGAAAGACCCCUUUUCCAAUAAAGAAAUGCCCUUUUAUCAAAGAGCUGCAGGGCUUUAGAACUUGCCCUUUGUUACUUUUUGCACCAGAUUGGUGUGUCUGAUUACCAGAUAACAUUAUAAUUGUAAUUACUUAACAUUACACCAGCAGACAGAGUCAGUGUUCGGGAGAAAGACUACACCCAAUCGCGCCACUCUAGUAUUUCCUGCGUACAUGACAAGCCGUGUCAUUAAUUAUUUAAUUAUUAAAAAUAUUAAAUAUAUAUAGGGCUUCAUCUCCCCUAAAAAUACAGAAAAAGAAAAAUUGUACAAGAAAAGAGCUAUCAAAAAUCAGGUAACACCCAGCAUGAAAUUGAUAUUAGAUAAUGCCAAGCUAUUUUAACUGAUAAUUGGCACUGCUUUCCCAGUUCUUUCUUUUGGAAACCUGCCUUACUUUUAUCGCACAAAAUAAGUUUUUAUACCAGACAAGACUGUGUUUUAUUUUGUUAAUUUUUAUUUAUUUUUUUCUGAAUGGGGGCAGGGGGAGUGAAUCUUGUUGAGUAAAAUGUGAUCGAUUCAUCGUUGACUAAACCCCAAUAUUUUGUUCUUUGGCUAAUCCGGCACAACACCUUCAGCAGAAGUGGCAGAGAUACAAACUGCCUGUCAGUUUGCCCUCUUUAGACUGACAGGAUAUCCCACCCCCUUUCCCCUUUAGUUUAUGAUACUGAUAGUUACUGUUACAUGGACUGCUGUGAGCUACUGGGGGCCCUAAGCAUAACCUACAUGACCACUGAACUCUUAAUAUAGAUUGGAAGUGAUGGAUGGCCUGACUCGUUACCCAAGCGGCCUGAGCUGGAAGCAGACCUCUUCUGGGGACCAUCAAUCUGCUGUGAUCCUCUUGAUCGUGGUACACCAACACUGCUUGGGGGAGUGUUGACCCUGGGCUCCUGUAAGUAUCGGAUUUAGGAAAGCCAAUGGCAGUGCAGUUCGAUUAGCAUAGGGGUUUACUAUGCUGGCCUGCCUAAACUGUGUACUUUUAUAAUUAUUACUUUUAACAAUUAUUCAAGUCAUUAAGAGGGACAGGGUUUCCAGCCUUCAGCAGAUUUACUCACCUCUGAAAUUAGUGUGCUUUGGAGAGUUUUUUGUGUGGCUCCCGUUUAGUAGACCUGAUGGGAUUUGCCACACCAGAGAACUCAGACUGCCCCAUACCAAACACAUAGAGCAACAGUCACACCCCUUUAUUAAUUUGUCUAUGGUAAAUUUAGCAAUUUGUCAUUCUUUUUCCAUAACUGAUCUAUGCAUUUACUCAAGCUAACAGAAACAACCAACAUAAAAUUGCAUACAGGUGAUACCAGACCAAAACCCUUAAGGUAAAUCUUUUUGAGGGAUUUGCCUUGUCUGGAUUUGAUGUGAAACCCUGAUUUUUCAACAUACAAUUUGCACACUGCCUAAGAAGGAAGUUUUGGCUCCAUAAAUGCAUUGACAGAACAGCAGUACUCCCUCAUGCUGGUUGGGUGACAGAGAAUUCAAGUGCUUGCGUCUUCAUAUGCAAGGACAGUAAUUGUUUCACGUUUCUCUUUUGCUUUACUUCCCCAAGCUUUAAAAUAGUUUAGUAGUGGUUGGAAACCCUGACCCAAGGCUUUGGGACUGAAUUGUGACAGAAUGCUUUUCAAGUGCAGUUGCAAGUUUUGGGGCCUACUCACAAGAGGCUGUAGUGUUAAGGAUGUAGGCCUCUAUUGUUGUAGGAAAGUGCAUAAAACACAAUCCAAUAGCAACACCCUUGCAAGGAGUGGACAGGCUCCCCCACAACUACUGUGACCUGCAAGUACUUGUAUGUUAGCAAUGGCCAUCUUUAAAGAGUACUGAGGUAUAAAACCGGUGCCAUUAUGUCGCCAAUAUUCAGCAUGGUGGUGCAACCCAUACAAGCAGCUUGAGUCAACAUGGCAGACAUAGGGAUGCAGUUUCAUCAUCUUCUUUAUCAGCACAUACAGUAAGUAAUGCUCAGUUUUGGUACUGCAAUUGUGUAUUCUGUUGCCAUGACAAAAUGGGGGUGUCUUCUGAGAGCCUUGUUUUCUUUCAUCGAUUCAGAGAAUACAAGACUAGAGCAGAGUGGAGAGUGGGAACAUGAAAAACCCUUUUGAAAAUAACUACAAAUAUUACUAAUUCAUGAUUGUUUGGUACAAAAUGGCUUCUAUCACUUUAUUACCAGUGUAUUCCCACCAACUGAAGGACAACCUAAUUUAAUAAGAUUAUAAUUUGAGAACAAUUACCUCACUGUGGCAUAUCCCAAAGCAACCGUAAACAUUUUUUACAGUACUGUAAAACAGUAAUUAGAUACAGUGGCCAGUGCCUAAUAUAUUAUUAUACAUUUAAAUAUAUAUAAAAAGGUUUAAACCAUUCUUCUCAAAUGAUGUACAGCAGUCAUAGUAACUCAGUACAACCAUGGUUCAUUUUCAAAAGGGAGAACUCCAUAAUGCCUUGGAAUGGCUCAGCACAGAAUGAUGUCUUUUAGCCAUAUUCAAAGAAACGGGACCAAGUCAUAGCUCCAGUUGUUCAGAUAGACCAGUAGAUUAGUAGAUAGAGUUAUGGCCACAAAGUGGGGCCAAGUCACUGGAAUUAUUCCCAAGAGUCCCUGUAUUGAAUAUAUGUAUUAUGGCUUUGCUACUCUCCACAGCAGCUGAUAAGGUAGAGCAUAAUCAUGGGAAGUGUUUCCCUAGGACACCUGUCUUUUGGGACUGUACUGUAUUUAAACAUCUCAAACAUCUUCACCAACCAAAAAUGUUAACAGUGCAGGACAGUAUAGAGCAAUCCAGCCCAAAAUAUGUUAGCCCUGAGUAUUUUUGUAUGAGGAAAACCUAUUUAUUUACAGUGCUUUUAAACAUGUCCUGGAGUCAGUACAUUUCUUGGAUUGCUGUAUUGUUUCCUUCACUAUACUGACUCUAAUGUGAAAAUAGAAGUUAACAAACUGACAGCAAUGGCAUACACAGCAGUGUAGUGUUACAUCAAGCAGUUUGGGCGAGUAGAUGUCACAGGCUUUUGAUGUCUGUACUUCCCACUUGCUGCAUUUUCCCUUGUAGAAAAAUAAAUCCAUUGUUUUACUGAAGAAAUGAUACCAGACCAAUGCAUUACUAGUAAAAGAUUACAUUCAGUGCUGUACAUACGCACAUGAGGAAAAUAUUCUUAUCUUACGCCUCAGGUCUUGGGCACACCUCCUCUUUCUCCUCCUCGUCAGUAACAGCUUGUUGCUACUCAUUAUUAUAAUUUAUAUAUGUUAGCUGUGUUUCCAUUUCAACUUGACAAUUUGGCUGUGAGUUUGGGGGCAAACACAGUAGUGCCAGGGCUGGCUUCUAAAGGGAUAUCUUUAAAGAAUAAGUAGACAGACAUCUGGGUGUCUUGGUUACAGCUCUGCCUUUACGAUUUGAGUGUUUGAAGUUGUGGCCCUUUUCUGAAAGUGCUGCCUCCUAUUUCCCAUGGAAAUGUUGCAGACGGCAAGGUCAUUGGGACCUAUUACCUGUGUGGUACAGUAUGUCCAAAUGAUUGUUCCAAGGACAGACACUUUAGCUGCAUCAAAGGGUUAGAUAAUUACUAUCUAAUUGGAUUGAAUAAAGUUGGCAGGAGGGACGAGAGUUUGACAUUUUCUCCCUGUGGAUGCUGUUGGGAGAAUUUUCUCCCUGUGGUUGCUGUUGCCAGUCCUUUCAUAAUCCAUUUUCCUUUUAGUAUUAUCACUGUUCCAUAAUGGCUCUCUAGUUGCACAAUACUGCAUGAAGAAUUCAUUUCCAUUGGGAUACAGUUACAUUGCUAAUGUAUUACCCAGAAUAAACCCUAGCAAAACCACAAGCAGACUAUAAUUUGGGACAGAUAUUGUACACUGGUGCUGGUAUAGUGCCAUGAUACACCAGGAGAUUAUGUAUAGAUUCAUACCAUUGUCAUGUUGAAACACACAGUUACACUGGGAUUAUAGGGGAAGUGCUUUGUUGGAAUGCAAACAUUGCCUUUAUAUCCAAGAUAUUGUGUAUUCUUUUUCUUCUUGCUAUACUCUGUAGAAAAAAUGACCAUAAUUUUUCUUCAACUGUAGUGAAAUUGCAAAGAAUGUGAAAAAAAACAAUGCAAGUACAAUGCAACCUUUAAUAGUUUUCAUGUCGUUAUUUUAUGUGCAAAAAAAUGUUUAUGAUGUAUUUAAUUGUUUUUAUUGAACUAUAGAAAGUUCAUGUGGCUAGAUGGGCCUGAAAAUGAGAAAUUGUCACGUUGCUCAAAGCCUAACUAUUAAUCAACAUUUUGUUGUUGUUAUUGCUGUGCUUGACAAGCCUGUGUCAGGAAUAGAUGUGAAACCAGCCUAAAUCAUGUGGUGUCAAGUUAGCGCUCAUCAUAAAACCACUUCCCCAUUCUGUACACCUGCAAGAUAUGUGCUUACAGAACUGUGAGAGGAAUCUUCAUUGUAGCCAGUGUCAUUUUCCCUCAUUUGCAGUAAUGUUUCAAGUACCAAACAUUGUUAUUUAUCUAUUUAUUUAUUUUGAAAGAAACAUAAAAAUGAAAAAGGCUGCUGAAAACUUGUGUCAGCCGCAGCCCUAUGAAACAUGUAAAUAGAAGUGACAGGAUAAAUGUAUCAGCUGCUGGCUGCAGUGAAACGCCUCUCUUUUUUGAGAGAAAUCCACUGUCUCCACUGUCUUGGGGAAUAAUUUGGCUAAAAAAUAAACAGAAAUUUACUGAGGGUGGGGCCAGAGUCUUUCCUUCAUAAAUAUAUCCCUUUCAGGACACCCUCCACAGCUACAAAAGAAAACUAGAAUUAGAUUUAAUUACACUGAUGGCCUGUUGGCAAUUAUAAUAAUGGAGCUGAUUUUGGCCUGCAUUCUGACCACUGAACCUGAUUCCAUUUUCUGUUGUAUUUGCUUUCCUGUGUUCUGUAUUCUGUAAUAAGUGUUGUGCCAUUUUCUGGUUCUGAUUUGUAAAUGUAGAAAUAAUAUUAAAUCAGUUUAUUAGAAGGAAAAGUGGUUACUGUUAUU